AUGUUGAACGUGAAUGAGCAAGAAGCACAAAAGUACGUUUUAAAACUUAUUAGUCGAGUGCAGCCAAGACGAUGGGUAUUUAUACCAGUCAACGAAUGCGAUGCUGCCGCCAACAAUAGCCUCUGCACCGUUUCAGCUUUGCCCGUGUUGACAAUUAUCUACCUUUUCAAGCAAGCUGGGAUCUUCGGACAAUCCACAUCAACCGAUGGAGACCUCGGCAUUGACACCAACACCAUCGACAAACUGUUCGAACGACUCAAUAGUAGAAUCAAGGCAUCAUGGAGAUUGCACAAAGCCCUUGGCCUUGAUGGGAAAGAAAAAGACGUCCUCUUCAUUAUCCGCGGAAAUCCGAGGGUGAAAGAUGCAACGCCUCGAGUCACACCAGUGCUCUCAGAAGUGGCACCGUUGAGCAGCAUUACUCCAGCAAAAACACCUCUUCAAAAGCUGAAGCUGUCAAAGCAAACAGCAGAGAAGCUGAACGAAUACUGGGGUGUCCUCGUGGCAGAGGCAACAACAGCCAAAAAGCCACCGACAAGAACACCAUUAGCACCACCACUUCAAUCCUCUCCACGAACCGAAAGUCGAUCGACCUGGUUAAAAAGGACUGGACGCAGAUUGUCGUUUAGUGUCGUGCCACCACAGAUCCGGACAUACCCGCCACCACCACAACAAGUGGCACGAAGAGAUGAGGAGCACACAACUGUACGGGGAGUUGUGGGUCUUGAUGAUGACGACUCUUUUCCUCUUGAGGAUGAAGAUACCUCAAUGUUGCUCUCCAGUCCAGUGAAUACAGCAGACAGCAACACCAACAAUAUCAUGCCGAUUCCGUUGCCGGGUGAAGGAUACACCGAUAUGGCCGGCUCAUCUGAUAGCGAAGAGCGAAUGAGUGAGGUGGCGACUGAUAGUAGUACGCCCAACAGCAAUAAUAACAAUGACACAACCGAGCAACAGCAGCAGAGUCAACAACCACUUGCCGUUGUAGUUGAGGCAUUGCAAUUGAAACCGGUCGGUAAUCAAAGGGGAUGCUACACUGACAACCUCGAAAAGGAACACCCAAGUUAUCUUAUCCAUUUGUUUCGCGAAGCACAAAAGCUUGAAGGAAACAAGGCAACUUGGAAGGAAUAUGCUGAUUCGAUCAACACAAUAUCGAAGCUACCACACGAUGAAAGACCUCCGAAAAGCACAAAACAAAACGAGUUGAGUGGAGCACGGCAAUGA